AUGGAUCUCAUGAAGGAGUACUCGGAGCUGCUGCAGAUCCACGAGUCGAUGCGGAAGGAGCUCGAGGAGACCAGGGAACAACUCGCCAAACUCCUGAACGGGGCACAAAAGUCGUGGGAGGAGUUGACUUUGAAGCACCAAGAUACUAUUGGCGAGCUGGGCCAAGCCAAGCACGAGCUCGAGCUGGCCAAGACCCAGCUGGCCGAAACUAAGGAAAACCUCAUCGCCGAGAAAGAGAAACACAUGAAGAGGUUGACCGCCGAGAGCGGGCUCGGGCAGCAAGACGCGAGCCAGGCGGCUGAGCUCGAAUUCGCGGAGGACCUGGUCAAGCUGCGCCGCGAGUCGAUGCGCGAAAUGGAGCGGAUGGCCUGGGUAUGGGCCAGGGAGAAGGAGCGCUGGACCCGCGAGCGCGCCCACCUGCAGCAGGCCCUGGCACUGGCGCGGGACGAGUGGCAGCUCGAGAAGCGCCAGGAGCGCAAGGAGUGGGAGCGGGAGCGCCACGAGUGGCUCAACCGGGUGGCAAUGCUGAGCGGCAGCCGGGGCGAUGAUGAAGAUGAAGAAGAUGACGACAACGGUGACGGCUCUGGCGGUGAUGAUGAUGAUGACGAUGAUGACGACGACCCAGCCUCGGGUGCAGCUGGUGCGGCCGAAGGUCUGUUCCGGAGUUUCUCGAGUUUUUAA